AGCUUUGUUCCAGCAGAGUAACAGAACUGUUCUAGCACGCGAUGCUCGUGCGCAAUAUAGAAAAUGUGUUCCAGCAACAAAUUUUGCGAACUGGUAGUAACUUGGAACUUCAAACAUUAUGUUCCUGCAAGUGGAAUUUUAAAAUCGGAACGGUUUCAGAACAGUUAUUACAAUUCCAUCAAAAAGGAAGAAUUUAGCAAGUUCUGGGCAUGCGCUUUUGUGUUAUUUAUAAAAGUGGGUUAUGUUUAUUCUUUAUGUAUAUUCGAUAAAACUUUCUGUGUUCUGUGUAUAAAAUGUUGGAAAUUGUCUUGUUAAUUCGUUUAGUGUUUCUGUGAAAAAGUUAAAAUGAUUUCUGAUAUAUCUUCAUCUAGUUCCAGUUUAACUAGUAGUUCUAGUUCUUCUGACGAAGAAAAUCUACCACAACCUCGACCAAAGAAUGAAAAUUAUGUUGAACAGACUGUGCCUCAGUACAAUAAUACAGUUUUUUUGGAACAUUUUCGCGUCUCAAGAAAUGUUUUUCAAGGUAUUGUUGAACGAUUUCGACAAAGUGACCAAUUUAAUAUAGGGCAUAGUGGUGGAUUUGGCAAAUUAGAUGCCGAGUAUCAUAUCUUAGUGUUUCUAUGGUUUGCGGGUCAUCAGACAGCAAGCUUUAGAGAUGUGUCUGAUAGAUUCAAUAUAAGCAUUAGUUCUCUUUUCAGAAUUAUAAAAAGAGUAACUGCUUUUUUGAGUAAUCUAGGAAGAGACUUAAUAACAUGGCCAUCUAAUGAAGAAAAAAAUAUUAUUGAAGGCCAUUUUGAAGCAAGAGGCUUUCCUGGUGUUGUGGGCGUCAUAGAUGGGUCACACAUAAAAAUUGAUAAACCUUCUGAAGAUGCUGAUUCGUACCUCAAUCGGAAACAUUUUUUUUCUAUUCAGAUGCAAGUAGUGUGUGACCACCAAAGGAAAAUUAGGGAUAUUUUCAUUGGUUAUCCUGGAUCAGUUCAUGAUAGCCGUGUGUUUCGCACUUCCCCACUGUCAACUCAACUAGAAGAAAAAUGUGGUAGAAAUAGGUAUAUACUAGGAGAUGGUGGUUACCCUUGCACUCGGUAUUUACUGACUCCCUAUAGAGAUAGAGGUGAACUAACAGCUGUGCAGUCAAAUUAUAACAGAAAAUUGGCCAGUUCACGGUACAUAAUAGAACAUUGUUUUGGUAUACUGAAGCAAAAGUUUCGUCAACUUUACCAUGUUAAAUUAAGAAGUAUCGAGGAUAUCUGUCAUUUUAUUCGGGCAUGUUGUGUUCUGCAUAACUUAGCUCUGAAUGACGAGUUUCCUGUAGAAGAGGGCCCUAAUCUUAAUGAAGGCGGUAAUGAAGAAGUUCUGUUAGAAAUCGAAGGAGAUGGACAUUAUGAUGACAGGAAUGGUCUUGAAAUGAGAAAUUAUGUAUCCAGAAUGUUAAAUUUUUAAAGUAAUAUAUAAUUCAAAGAUU